AUGGUAGAGUUUGCCAUCAACAACUCGGUGCAUGCGUCCACGACACAUACACCGUUUUACGUGAAUGGCUUGCGCCAUCCGCGUGUACCCACCUUACUAGAGUGUAAAUCUGAUUUAAGGGGGGGAGGGACUCGCGCGAGCAAAAACCGAAUUGGUUCACGCUCUGACGAAGAAGUCAUUGCGUUUGAUGCCGAUAUCGAUAACAUCGAUAUCGAAGAAGAUGAUGCCAGUGAGAGUGCGGAAGCCCUCACUGAAGAAAAGGUUGAUGUUGCUGCAGUGCGCUCACAGCGCACUGAAGCUAACGAGUCACCAGAUGAGUUCAUAGUGGCUCGUGAAACGGUAGUCCGUUUUGUGCAAGACUCCAUCGCCGAAGCGGUGGAUAAGCAAAAGCAAAACGCUGACAAGAAUGGAAGGGCAAACACUCUUAUUUUAGUAAAGGUGACUUAG